AUGGUGUUUUUCGAGGCGCACAUAUUGCUGUCGUGCAGUCUAAAAGUGGGUAGAAAAUGUGACGAGAAUUCGUGGCUACUGACGAAUUGCAUGCACUACGACGACUACCGCACGGAAGCCGAUUUUCUAGAAAACGUAAUCAGAAAACGGCAAUCGUACAUGGCGUGUUUGGCGUACAAGGCCAACCAGCGUAAACGCGUGAACCACCAAUCGGUGCCUAUAGUGCUCGGAACGUAUUUGGAUUACUGCAUACGCGGCGCCGAAGCGGUGAAGCGUACGCGCUCUCAAUGGGGUCAGGUUAUUAUACGCGGCAUGUCUAAAAUGUAUUUUUCGUUCUCCACGUUCGACGCGCUGUCCAUGCACGUGCGCAAGUGCAAGGGUGUGAAAUCGGUAGAAUGGUUUUUUUACGUGGACAACGAAGGCGUGGCGCUCAGCUAUUUCAAUAAAACCGUACAGGUCGUGUACAAGCGAAAAACUGUGACGAACGUCGACGACUCGAGACUGUGGACGACUCUCGUGAACAGCGCCAGCCCGUUUGUAAAUCGUAGCGGCUCAGUCGACGGUUCGGACUAUUUAGACAUGUUCGAUAUCAUGUUGACGUACCCGUACGACAUGAACGACCUGAAAAAUCGUCAGUUUUUAAACUCCGGCGCUAUAAUCAACAAGGUGAUCGAACACAACCUGAGCCGCAGAAAGAAGAAGAAAAACAUAGGCGGCGUGCGGCUGUCGGAAAUAUUCGAAAACGCCAAUUUUUUCAACAUAUUGAGCAAAAAGAGCGCUUACGACGGCGACGAUUGGAACAAAAACUAUCCUCAGAACUACGACAGCACGCUGCACGAGGGCCGCAGCAACAAGACCGCGCAUUACAUAUCGACGGUCACGCGCGCGUCCAACGAGGCGUUCAGGAAUUCGUCGGCGCUGGUUUAUCCUCGCGACGCUUUCAACUACUUGUGCGCGCUGAACACCAAGGACCUGAAAGCGGCCUGCGAACAGAACGUGUUGGCCGACUUCGUGAUGAUGAGCGAGGAGAGCGACGAACAGAUCGUGUUUUCGUACCUGUACGACGUGUCGAAACGCGGCGGCGCCAACAUAUUAUUGAUAUUGAACGGUUUUUUGAUAAACCGUCGAUGCGACUGGACGUUUACAGAGUUUUUAAAAAUGAAACGCAACGAUUUCUGCAGACACGUGACCACCAAAUAUUAUUAUCCGUACGUGUACGUGUUCACGAAAGACUCAAUACCCAUAAAGUACUCGGCCGAACACGACGUGUAUUUUUCGCCGGCCGAGACUCAAGAAUACGGCAUAAAAUUCGAGGAAGGCUCGCAGUUCUCGACGACCGUGAAAUGCCUGGACCCGCAUUCGCUAAUCAAAAACCCUCCGGCCAAGAGCACCGUUUCGAUAAACGACAUAAAGGGGAGCGUGGCGAACGUGACUUCGGAUUUCCACAAGCGGUUGAUGUGUUCGACUCUAGGCAUAACGUGUUACAUCGAGAUCGACGACGCGAAGAAAAAAAAUAUUUUAAACUCGUCGUUGAUGGCCACCGGUCAGACGCCGCCGGGCGAAUAUUUCGACGAGGUGGCGCGAAUGUUCGGAGAUUCGAAACCCGAGCUCGUUGACACGGACCGGGGUAAAGCCAUGCGAUCGCUGCUGAACAUGUACGACUUGCGCACGCUGGAGUAUCGAUGCGAGCGCUACAAGAACACGACGUACGCUUACAUUCCCGAUUCGAAGCUGAACCGGCAGGUCCGCGAUUACGGGUCACUCAUCCUGGGUUCGGAUAUGUACGAUCCCCCGGACCCGUGGAACUUGCGUGCUUGGGUGAUGUUCGGAAACGUGCAGGGCACGUGCGUCGAGGACGGCGUCGUCAUGGACACCAAAUUCGUAAAGAUGGUGCCGCCCGUCAUGUACAACGCGUGCAUAAGCGUCGAGUUUAUAUUCAAGACAGUCAAAAACUCGAAACACGUCCGGUUCAUACCGGUGAACGGCGAAACGUCCGACACGCUCAUAGGCUGCGUGGUCACCGACGGCGAGGUGUACGUGAAACACAGCCGACACUGCAACGUGCUGGUGACGAACAUCGGCAAUCAUUACUACCACCUGGUGCACUUCAAACCCAAGCACCAGUACCACGACAUAGGCAUAGACAGCGUGAAGACGGAAAAAACGUUGACGGUGCUAAUUCGGGGGACGCACGUUGGCAGCUUCGGCGUGGGCACGAAGAUCGCCAACUUGUUUGGACAGAAAAACGACCGUCAAAGACCUGUCAAAGUUUUGGGGAGUGACGCGCGACGGCCGAAAAGUGCACGCUCAGAUCGUUUUCAGCGACGUGUCGCUGAUCGGGCGCGUGUCCGCGGGACAGGUGCGGUCCAUGCUGGCGUCGCCCGACUGCGCCAUAGGGCCGAACAAGGAACUGCUGGCUCCGCAGGACAUAGUCAUACACGCCAUACACCCGUACACGAACAUAAAGAUUUUCGACAUAAAGGCCGACACCCUGGUCAACGUGAACGGUUUCGAUUCGCAAUCGCUGUGUUCCACGACGCUGGCGCUGCGCACGGCUCCGGUGCUGAACGACGUGUUGAACGUCAUCAACAUGCACGGAUUUGA